AUGGAUGCGGGCCGGAGACGCCAUUUCACUGGAAGGGUGCUCUCCACCACGAACCCAGCAUCCUUCCCGGAUGUGUUUGAUAUGGGCAAGAAGCUGGGUUCGGGGCAGUUCGGCACAACCUAUGUGUGCGUGGAGCGGGCCACAGGACAGGCAUACGCGUGCAAAUGCAUUCCCAAGAGCAAGCUGCUGACGGAGGGAGACGUGGAGGAUGUCCGGCGGGAAGUGGCAAUACUAUACCAUGUGCAGAAUCAACCCAACAUUGUGAACAUCAAGGACGCGUAUGAGGACAAGGAUCACGUGUACAUUGUGAUGGAGCUGUGCACGGGAGGAGAGCUCUACGACACGAUUAUAAAGAGGAUAGAGGCCAGAGGAGUGCCUUACUCGGAGAAGGACGCAGCAGAGAUGGCGAAGGUGAUAGUGCGAGUGGUGGAGUGCUGUCACUCGCUGGGCGUCGUACACAGGGACCUCAAGCCCGAGAAUUUCCUGCUUUCCAGCAAGGACGAGGCCACGGCUGAGCUCAAGGCCACGGAUUUUGGCCUUUCUUGCUUCUACAAAGGCGAGGGCAUGUCGCGGCACUGUGGCAGCCCCAUGUACAUGGCGCCCGAGGUCAUCAAGUGGCGGCCAGGGGCGUUCAUCAUGGCCAAGCGCCCGCCCAAGUACGGCCCAGAGGUGGACGUGUGGAGCGCAGGCGUCAUCAUCUACGCCCUGCUCUGUGGCUUCCCACCCUUCUACCACCGGAGCCAUUCCACCAAGGAGAUAUUCAAGGCAGUGCUGCGAGGCAACCCCACAUUCGCCAUAGCGCCGUGGCCGUCCAUCUCGGACCAUGCCAAGGAGCUCGUCAAGGCCAUGCUCCACCCCGACCCCUCCAAGCGCCCCACCGCCCACCAAGUGCUCUGCCAUCCGUGGUUGUCAGAGGGCAUGUCAUACGUCGAGCCUCUGCCUCCGGUGGUGCUGACGCGGCUGAAGCAGUUCACAUCCAUGGUCAAGAUGAAGAGAAUGGCCAUGAAGGUAAUUGCAGAGUCCUUGAGAGAGGAGGAAAUUCGUGGGCUGAGGGAGAUGUUUCAGGCCAUGGACACGGACCGCAGCGGCACCAUCACAGUGGAGGAGCUACGGGCGGGGCUCAGGAAAUUCGGGGCGCAGCUGAGCGAUCUAGAGAUCAACAAGCUCAUGGAAGAGACGGACAUAGACCAGAGUGGGGAGAUAGAAUAUGGAGAGUUUCUCGCGGCCACGAUGCAUCUGAGCAAGCUGGACCAGCAGGAGAAUCUGCUGCGCGCCUUUGCGUUCUUCGACCGUGACGGCAGCGGCAACAUUACGUUGGACGAGCUGCAAAAGGCGUGUGAGGAGCUCAAGAUGAGCCGCAAGGAGAUUGAGGCGAUGAUGCGCGAGGUGGACGAGAACAAUGAUGGCACGAUAGACUAUAACGAGUUUGUGGCGAUGAUGCGGGAGUCGCAGAUGCACGGGUUGAGUCGCAGAGACAUCCUGAACGGCCAUGCCGGGCUGACAGACGUGGAGAUGAACAGCCAGUCCUUCCGCCAGCUCAUGUCCAUUGACUGA